GCGGCGGGAUAGUCCAGGCCCCUCCGUCAAGCUUGCGGUUUGGGAAGAAAAGGCGAUGCCUCCGCCAAGAAAAGAGCGAGCGCGGCCCCCUCCCCCUCCGCCGAGCCCGGGCGGCGGCGGUGGCGGCACUUCUAACGCGCGGGCACCCGGGCCGCCGCGGCCCCCGCAAACUACGCCCAGGCUCGGCCCCCGCCGCUCAUUGGCGCGGGCCGGAGCCAGCGCACCCAGACCCUGCGCUGCCCUCGGCCGGACGCGCGCGGAGCCCCAGCUGCCCAGGCCGACGGCGCCCGGCCCGAGAGCCUCGACGCCGAGCCGCCCUCGCCUCCUCUGCCGGGCCCAACGCAGGGAGCGGGGCGAACGAGCAGGCGCGGCUGGCGCCCCGCGGCCCGGGCGCCCCCGGCCCGGCGCCCUCGCCACCGCGCCGCCUCAAGGCCGCCCGCUCUCCGCAGGUGGCCGCGGGCCCGAGCAGCGCGGCCAUGGGCCGAGGCGUGCGCGUGCUGCUGCUGCUGGGCCUGCUGCACUGGGCCGGGGGCGGCGAGGGCAGGAAGACCUGGCGGCGCCGCGGCCAGCAGCCACCCCCGCCGCCGCCCCCGCCGCGGGCCGAGGCGGCGACGGCGGCUGGGCAGCCGGUGGAGAGCUUCCCGCUGGACUUCACGGCCGUGGAAGGCAACAUGGACAGCUUCAUGGCACAGGUCAAGAGCCUGGCGCAGUCCCUGUACCCCUGCUCGGCACAGCAGCUCAACGAGGACCUGCGCCUGCACCUCCUGCUCAACACGUCGGUGACUUGCAACGACGGCAGCUCGGCCGGCUACUACCUGAAGGAAUCCAAGGGCAGCCGGCGAUGGCUACUGUUUCUGGAAGGAGGCUGGUACUGCUUCAACCGGGAGAACUGCGACUCCCGAUAUGACACCAUGCGGCGCCUCAUGAGCUCCAAGGACUGGCCGCUCACUCGAACAGGCACGGGGAUCCUGUCCUCCCAGCCAGAGGAGAACCCCCACUGGUGGAACGCCAACAUGGUCUUCAUCCCCUACUGCUCCAGCGAUGUCUGGAGUGGGGCUUCAUCCAAGUCUGAGAAGAACGAGUACGCCUUCAUGGGCGCCCUCAUCAUCCAGGAGGUUGUGCGAGAGCUCUUGGGCAAAGGGCUGAGCGGGGCCAAGGUGCUGCUGCUGGCAGGGAGCAGCGCGGGGGGCACAGGAGUGCUGCUGAACGUGGACCGCGUGGCCGAGCAGCUGGAGGAGCUGGGCUAUCCAGCCAUCCAGGUGCGGGGCCUGGCUGACUCUGGCUGGUUCCUGGACAACAAGCAGUACCGCCGCACAGACUGCAUUGACACCAUCACCUGCGCGCCCACGGAGGCCAUCCGCCGGGGCAUCAGGUACUGGAAUGGGGUGGUCCCGGAGCGCUGUAGGCGCCAGUUCAAGGAGGGCGAGGAGUGGAACUGCUUCUUUGGCUACAAAGUCUACCCAACCCUGCGCUGCCCGGUGUUCGUGGUACAGUGGCUGUUUGACGAGGCCCAGCUGACUGUGGACAAUGUGCACCUCACGGGGCAGCCGGUGCAGGAGGGCCAGUGGCUGUACAUCCAAAACCUGGGCCGUGAGCUGCGGAACACACUCAAGGACGUGCCGGCCAGCUUUGCCCCCGCCUGCCUCUCCCACGAGAUCAUCAUCCGAAGCCACUGGACAGACGUCCAGGUAAAGGGGACCUCGCUGCCCCGGGCACUGCACUGCUGGGACAGAAGCCUCCAUGACAGCCACAAGGCCAGCAAAGCUCCCCUGAAGGGCUGCCCCAUCCACCUGGUGGACAGCUGCCCCUGGCCCCACUGCAACCCCUCUUGCCCCACCAUCCGGGACCAGUUCACGGGGCAGGAGAUGAACGUGGCCCAGUUCCUGAUGCACAUGGGCUUCGACGUGCAGACAGUGGCACAGCAGCAGGGCCUGGAGCCCAGUAAACUGCUGGGGAUGCUGAGCAGCGGGAGCUAGGGCCCCGCCCACCUGCCCUCCAGGCCCUCCUGCCCUCCUAGGGCUGCAGGGCCCCGGCCAUCCCCAUCCUGGGUCUGGAUGCCCUCCCCUGGCAGCCUUCACUGCCUCUUUCCCACUGCCUCUGGGAGGCCCAGCCUGAGAUGGACCCACCGUCAGCCCAGCUGUGGCCCUGGGCCCCCUCCCAUCCCUCCCUCCUGACUCCCGCCUCCAGCCCACAGUGGGGAGUCAGAAGCACUGGAUUCCUCAGCCCCCAGCCCAGAAGGCCCCGCCCCA